AUGGUUUAAUUUGUUAACGAAUUUAUAGAAUAUUGUAGAAUCAUAGGAAUAUUGGAGAAAGAUUAAAUUUUUGAAUCAACUUUUGAUGACUUAGGUUAAAUACUAUUUAUGCAUUUGGUUACAUUAAAUAAACAAUCAUUGAUUGAUUUAUCAAAUAGAAUCUCAUAAAUAUGGUUAAUGAAAUAAAACAUCUCAAAACCUAUUCCUUAUCAUAACAAUUCAAAGUAAUUAACUACUAGAAGUAAACAUAGUCAAUCCACUCCUUAAGAUUCUAAAUCUUUAUAAAGCACUAAUAAUUAAUCUACAGUUUAUCUUUAUGAUUAAUAUAUAAAUAAAGAAGAAAAGAAAAUAGUAUAAUCAUAAAAAGUUAUUGAAGAUCAAUUAAAAGAAUGUACAUUUUAACCAUAAAUAUCAAAAAAGAGUCAGCAAUUAGAUACAACUGCACCUGUUUAUGAAAGAUUAUCAAAAUUUGGAUAUGAUUAAAGAAUGAAACAUCAAAUUAGUAUGGAAAUAAAAACUAAAAGUGAAUUAAAAUAAUGUACUUUCAGACCAUAAGUUAAUCAGAGUAUUUCUAAGACUUCAGAAGGUGAUCCAUUCUCUAGAUUAUACUAAAAUGCAUUGUCAUAAAGAUAAUAAAAACCAAUUAGUCAGGAAAAAAUUUAUCCAUUCAAACCUUAAUUGAUAAGUUAGCCUAUUGAAUAAUAAGAAUAUUUAUCAAUUCCAGUUGAAGAUAGACUCUAUAAUCAUUUCUUUGAUUAACAAUAACAACUUGUCUAAUUAUAAUAAAAUGAAAGUUAAGCUUAAUUAGAUGAAUGUACAUUUACUCCUAACAUUAAUCAAUAUGCUUCUCAUUAAUAAGGUUCAGAAUAAAAAAUUAAGGUAUUUGAAAGACUUUAUAAUAAAUCAUCAGCUAUUAAAUCUGCUUCAGGAAUUAAAGAAUAAAAUCUUAAUCAAUUUUCUAUUUCUAAAUAAUCUGAUAAAAUUAUUAAAAAUGCUAAUUCAGAUAACUCCAAAUAUGUAUCACAAUUUUAAAUUGAUUAAUCUCCUUUUGAUAGAUUGCAUAGUGAACACAAAAGAAUUGAAAAAAAGAAAAAAGUUAAAGAAAAUUAAAUUUUCAGUAGCUUACCAUUCAAACCUUAAACAAAUAAUAAGAAAUGA